CAUUAUUUGUUGAUAUGGAAUUAUUAUGGAUGGAUUGAUUUUUCAAUCCAAUGUGCACAGACAGCACAAUGAACUCCUCAAUGAAGGCUGUGCUGUAAUAGAGUUUUAUUAGUAUCCAUAAUCCGAUAGUCUGAUAUAGACAAGUUGUGAAAAUGAGUGGUGAUCGUGGGGUUCGUAUUGAUUCAUCUUUAUUCAGCAAACCACCUCCAAAUUUCAAACUGCCCACCAUUUCUCCUAGUUCAUCUAAAAGAUUCAAGAGGGAAGAACCUUCUAUUCCUGAGAAGCAAUAUUCACCUUCUAAAAGUCUGAUAGAGAAUGGUCUUUCCAGUAUUCAGCAGAAUUAUAGAAAUGAUCCAUCAGCAAGGUUGUCUCAGACCACACCUCAGUAUGUACUGACAGCCACACAAUCAUUUAUGAUGACUCCAAUGAGCAAUGUACAGGUGGUUCAGAAGUCUCCUUCUCUUCCUAUUCAGAAUUCCCCAGUGUCUGUGGAUCCAAAUUACUAUGCAUUUUACUAUGACCCUAAAAGUGCUAGUGGCUACAGUCCUACCGCCUUAGCUGCUGCCACCCCGGCUCCCUAUCCCCCCUCCCUGAAACCCUUCGAACUGUCGCACAGCCGAUAUCCGCCCCCCCUCCCUUUGGUACCGCCCCCGCAAAACCCGCCCCCACCUCCACUUCCUCCGACCUCUUCUACCCCACCCUACAGGUCCGCGUAUCCUCCUACCCAAUACACUAUGACUCCGCCUCCAUACACGCCGCAUCACAUCCAGACCACGCCCCAAUACAGUCAGGCCACGCCCCAAUACAGCCAGACCACGCCUCAAUACAGUCAGACCACCCCACAUCACAGCCAGACCACGCCCCAUUACAGUCAAACCACGCCCCAAUACGGUCAGACCACGCCCCAAUAUUCCCCCUCCCCUGCCAAGCCGGCCUACUACAGGAGAACGUCAGAGUCCGAGGAUCAUCACAAGAAGAAUAUGAGGAAACGGAAGAAGCCGCUGUCGCAGAAUAUUCCCCAGCGGAAGGAUUGGUCUGUCGAAGAUGCUAAGAGGGCUUUGGAGGUCGAGAAGGAUUGCAAUAAGAGGAAUAAGAGGCAAUCUUUGAUUAUCAAGUUUCCAGAUUUGGAGUUGAACAGGCAUAUUGUCGCUGAUUUCCAUAAGAGUAUCGAUAGUGUGCAUUUUCAGCAGCCAUCAACGCCUCGGUUUUGUUUUGUAACUUUACAGGAUUCUGCCGACCCUGAAACGGUCAUACAACACCUCAACCGCAUACCGUUCGGCCAGGGCUACCUGACUGCCGAGUUCAAGAAAGAUAGAGAGGACGAAAUCAACGUAGGGCCGGAAGACAUAGAUCCGCUCACUCUCUAUGUCGGAAAUCUGGCCCAAGAUGUGACCAAAGAGGAUAUGGUAAAGGCGUAUCCUAGACAGAAGAGAAUCGAUAUAGGUUAUGCAAAGAAGAUGAAGUAUACUAGGUAUGCUUUUGUAUCCUUCAAGACUGUCGAUGAUUCCAUAGAAGCCUUCCAAAGCACUCAUGCCACUCAGAUGUAUUCAAAAAGUUUGAUUGUGAGGUUCCGAAGGCUCCACGGCACCGUAGGCAUGCCCGGCGAACCGAAGCUCCCUCACAACCACCCGAAAGACACAGAAACCCACUUGUACACCAGCCCCCCAGACGAAAAACAUCCCGAGCGAGAACAGGUCUCGGCCCCCUGGGACAUCGACAUAUCGCGAUGGGAAGAAGAAGACAGCCCCGUAAAGGGGGAGCGCGCCUCCUCCUAUUCCGACGACGAUAUGGACAUGAAACCUUCCGUGGUUCCUCUCAAAACGAGGUUCAUGCCCGGCUCUGUCGACGUAGCUUUCGCCCUGCACAAGCCCAAAGUGGUGCUUGUCAAAUCGGAAAAGGAUGUGGGGGAGGAUUGUGAGGUUGUGGAUCAACUGUCGCAGCCUCCUGUUGCGUUAGCCUUUCCCAGACCCAAAGUGUUGCAAGUCAAACCGGAAAAGGAUGUGGGGGAGGAUUGUGAGGUUAUGGGUCGGCUGUCACAGCCACCUGUUGCGUUAGCCUUCCCCAAACCCAAAGUGUUGCUUGUCAAGCCGGAAAAGGACGUGGAGAAGGAUUGUGAGGUUAGGGGUCGGCUGUCACAGCUACCUGUUGCACUGACCUUGCCCAAACCCAAAGUGCUGCUUGUGAAGCCGGAAAAGGACGUGGAAGUGGAUAGUGAGGUUAUGGGUCGACUGUCACAGCCUCCUGUUGCAUUUACCUUGCCCAAACCAAAAGUGCUGCUUGUCAAGCCGGAAAAAGAAGUGGGGGAGGAUUGUGAGGUACCUGAAAGACUCUCUCAGCCUCCUGUUGCGUUUGCCUUGCCCAAACCCAUGAUUGUCAAGACAGACAUCGAUGGGGGGGAUGAUGCUCAAGCUAGGCAGCUUCUACCGAAACCAAUCUGCUCGGGGUUAGAAGAGGAAAUGAAGAAGGCAGAUGACUUCCCCAUGCCUAUGUCAGUGAAAAAAGACAUUCUGGGAAAUGACACUGCUACUGAGAAGACUAUGGAGGGACCUGGAUCAGACGCUUUGGACGAAAAGUAUAUCCGGAAAAUGUUCACGCCCAUUAUCCUUAAAACGGAACCCGACGAGAAAAGUAUGGACUUUGAGGUCUCAUCGUUACACAACGAAGAAGGCAGCUUGACAAAUGCAAGAACGGAUGAACGUGAUAAUUCCAGUAAUUCUAAACUACCGUGUGAACUACAAGAGAGGGAUGAAACUAUGGAUAGCACGCAUAGUUGGCAGAGUACAGUGGAUGUAGUUAAGGGAGAGGUUGUUGACAAGGGAAGUGAAGGCUUUGAACGAAAAGAUUCAGCACAGAAAAAUCAGAGUAAUGAAGAUAGCUUUGAGUUUGGCGAUUGGAUGAAUAUAGCUCCUACUGUGAAAAAUGAACCUGUAGAAGAAGAUGACAUGAGUGAUGGUGUAGAUUCAAGCGAGGAUGAUGAGUUUAGCUUCAGUCACAUCAUGAAGGUGAAAGCGAAGAAAACAAAGAGAGUUGACAGGUCUGUCAUUUAGUACUUAAGAUACAAAUUCUUGAAAGUUGAUUCAAUUUGCAUACAUAUAUAUACCGGGUGCCACGGAACCAAUUCACCACCCUGUAUGUUUGUUGCUAUUUUGAAUGGAUGUUUCAAAUUUGGUACAUUGAUUUGAUUGCACUAGUGUAUGACACUUUCGUUUUGACCGGAAGAUCAUCCAAUUUUAGAAUAGAAUUACCUUCUGAACUUUUAAUCCAUAAUCUACUCAUGUGACUGAGAUUUAAUGAAACAAUAGCACGUGAGUGCAGAAAAGAAAAAAUAGAAUAUAUAUAGUAUACUUAUACUAGUAUUUGAAAUAAAUAAAUUGGAUGCACUUACGGUCAUAUUUGUUCUAAUUCCAGAGAUAUUAUGCACUCAUGAAAUCAUAUCGAUAUGUACCAAAUUUGAAACAUACACACUGGCACAAUUAGGGGAACGGGGGGAUGAAAUGGUUACGUGUCAGCCGGCAUAUUCUAUAAGCCUUUCGAAAAUUAUGGUUAAUUUAAUCAAUAAUUUUAUCUAUUGAUAUUACUUAUUACUUACCUACCUACGUGUAUCGUGUGUUUAAUUUAUUGUAAAUGAAACUUUUUUGGAUAAAAUAAAGAACUAUUUUUAGU